AUGGAAUCUCUGGAAAGCCAAAGCAACCAGGUCGCUCUAAAGAUAGGGCUCAUUGGCGACUCCCAAAUUGGAAAGACUUCGCUUAUGGUGAAGUAUGUUGAAGGAAGCUUUGACGAGGACUACAUCCAGACAUUGGGGGUCAAUUUCAUGGAUAAAAAAAUCCAGAUACGAAACACACACAUCACUUUUCUGAUCUGGGAUUUGGGCGGUCAGAAAGAGUUUAUCAACAUGCUACCACUAGUGUCCAACGAUGCGGUAGCCAUUCUCUUUAUGUUCGAUCUUACAAGGAAAUCCACAUUGAACUCCAUUAAAGAAUGGUACAGGCAGGUCCGUGGUUUCAACAAAACAGCCAUUCCUUUCUUGGUGGGCACAAAGUACGAUGAGUUCAUUGAUUUGCUGCCACAAGAUCAAACAGAGAUCACGAACCAAGCAAAGAAGUUCGGCAGGGCCAUGCGGCUGCCAGUGAUCUUCUGCUCGACAAGCCAUUCUAUUAAUAUCCAAAAGAUUUUCAAGAUCAUUCUAUCCAAAGCAUUUGACCUCAAACUAAAUAUUGAUGAAAUUGUCAAUGUCGGCGAGCCCAUAUUGAUUUACAAGAAAGACGGCGCAGGUUCCUAA